GUUGCCAUGUCGCCAGUUUCCGUCAGUUGCGAACUUGCCAUGUGUUGUGAUACGUGUCCUUUGACGUCCUAGGCUUGUGCUUGCCUUUGGGGCUCACAAACAGUGGCAGUGAAAUAAAACUUUAAAAACUGCAACAGUUUCAGCGUACCUCAGACUUUGCUCGAGAACAAGUUCGCAGUGAAGGAUGGCCCUCUACCCGAGCUUGCCCGAGGACUCCCCAACACCUAAUUAUGCCAAGCUUGCAGAGAACCCACACUCUCUCCUUCCUUAGCAACGUUUUCCUUUCCAACCCGAAGGCGUGCUCGGUGUGCCUGGAUGAGUUCUGUGAGAAGCGCCCCCCGAAGUACCUGUCCUGCCAUCAUACCUUCUGUGAGGAGUGCAUUCAUCAGCUGCUGCGCGGGGGCAAGGUGGAGUGCCCUCUGUGUCGCAAGGUGACGAGGACGACGUCUACCAACGCGUUGCAGACUAACAAUGAUGUACUGACGAUGGUCAAAUACGGGGAUAUUGUCAGUAGCCUAUGGUGCCACGACUGCCAGAGUGCCCCCAAGCCCAGCUGUGCAACACAUCGCGUCGACAACCGCUCACCGGCUUCUGCGGUGACGAUAGGACAGCAGCUGGACAGCACGCUAGAGUCGUGGAAGCCGACCUUCACGCGCGUGGUGGAGACCGCGCACGGCUGGUCCGUGGUGGCGAUCGACGCCACGUACUCCACCGCCGUGUCCAUCAGUGACGUGAUGACCCCGCUCGUGACCUACGUCAUUGACCGGAUCAGCUGCUUCAUCAAUUCGUGAUCCAGUAGAGUUUGAUUUAUCUUAUAUUUAUGUGUGUGUUUACACCCAAUGUAGCUAAUGUAUUAUGUACUCUGGAUGUGUUAUCUAUGUUUACUCUCGUAUUUUCUCUAAAUGUCUUAGUUAAGUAUUAAUCGUAACUACUUUUCAGCUUCUAAAGCUGAGGAUGUCAUAUUUAGUCUUUCGUAAAUGAAGGUAUAGCUAGUGUACGCUAUGUCACAACAUUAGGCACUGAAGUUACUGCAUUCUAUAUGUAAUACAAAAGAAUCCUGUAAAUAAAGAAAAACAUAUAUUUUCCC